UUUACCAUUAAGAUAGAAUCAGAAUCAAUUAUUAUCCUUUUUGGAACUGUGAGAAGGAUGAAAAAUACUAAUCAUCUAUUUUUUUGCUGGUCGUUGUUAAAGUAAAAAUUUCCUCUAAUCUACAACUCAACUACAACUGCACAGCAGAAACAUCCUACUUCAAGUGUCGCGACGUAUGUUAAAAUCAUACUUUGCGUAUUACCUUUCAUUUCCCAACAAUACCAACAUAAGCGCCGUAUUAAAGAAUCCCACCAUGGCGCAUACCACUGCUUGGUGAAGUCAUCCUAGGGGAUUUCUGGGGGAAAAUCAAAUUAGUCUAGGGGUACGUCACCGAGACCAUCUGGCAACACUGUAUUAACUACUUAUUGGUACGGCGCAGUAGUCAGUACUAGGUACAGACUCCAGAAUUAUAAUUACAUAUUUAAUUAUUAAUACGAUAGAACUGCGAUGAGUGACACGCAAGAAAAUUUUGAUUUUGAUCGUCCUAUAAUGGAUACAAAGUUAUAUGAAAUACUCCUUUCAAAAAUAAAAGUCUCACUUUCUGAUGUAGAUGGAUGUACAAGCAACUAUUUUAAUGAUAUAAUUUUGGAGUGCAAAACUUGUAUUGAACAGUGUUUAUGUUCAGCUAUGAUUUCUAUAGAUUCCUUGAAUUGUAAUUAUUUAUUAAGUUGCCUAGACAAUGCCAGUUGUUUGUUGCAAAUGCUAUCACACUUUAUUAGGAAAGUAUUGGCAUCUAUACCAUUUGUGUGCUCAAACAUGAAGCAAUAUCCUACUACCACUGGAUGUAUCAUUUUAUCUGUCUUCAAUCAUUGUAAGUCCAGUGAAUGUGAAUAUGGUGAAUACCUUACGAAAGUACAAAGACAACUAAAAGAAUUAUUUAGAACAUGCCAUGAACUACAGCUCACUUACCUGAUGACCUUAGAAACGCAUUUCACCUUUGAUUUGAGUCGAGCAGAUGAUUUAGGGGUUUUACUGGAGGUACUAGACAUAAAUUUGAAAAUUUGCCAAGUGGUAGAAAAUCUAGAUAUAAAGACUAUGGCAGAACAAUGGAAAGCUUAUACAACAUUAUGUGAUAAAUAUUGCAAAUACAUUGAAGACAAGCACAUAUAUAGAAAUUGUGUGGAAUUGUUGUGUGAGAUGGUUAGGAGUAACAUGAAAAAUGUAUUAGAGACGUGCCCAGACGGAGCGGGCAAGACUGUAAUUAGACCAGUAAAAGUUGCCAGCUUCGGUUUAAAAAUUCUGACUAAAGUGUGCAAUAUCUUUAAAAAGGCAACUCACAAUAAUAAUGAGAUUAUUGAUCUCUUAAUAUUUCUAAACACGUACAACGCGUCAUACCUGGAAAUAUUUUUGAAGAAACCCUCGGAGAUAACUAAUCUCAUCGAAGCAAACACGAGAGCACCUUCGGUGGCCUUGGUCAACGCCUUAGUCGCCGACCGAGCGUUUAUUCAUGACGUCUGCAAAGUGAACGAAGUCCAAUGUGAAAAUGAGAAGUUUAUCGGCUACUUACUUCUUCUCACGGACGUCAUGAGGAUCUCACCGAACAACUUCGAAGCUCCGGACGACACGAGACUGAAUGUGAUGAAACGAACGUUUCGUCUGAUGUCGGACGGCCACGUCUGGUUCAACGUCGGAAUAGAAAUGGAACUCGACAACAAGAGGUUCGGUCCGUUCGAGUACGCGCUGACGGUCGGCUCGGCCUUCGCGAGGACGCUGAGCGGCGACGGGUACGCGGCGUUGGAACGCCUUCUGUUGACGAGUCUGCUGGAGACCGACUGUUACGGCGCUCUCUUCGCGGCCGAUCUGUGGAUUCUAUUGAUGAGGUCGAGCGACUCCGAACUGGUGGCGGAGACCGCGUCGUCCCUGCUCGAGGUGUAUCGGAGCCUCGCUCGGAAGCCGACGUUUCACCGAUCUCCGCAAACGGUCCACCUGACCCGAGUCGUAAGGAAUGUAUUCGGGCUGUGCGCGAGACGAGACAGGGAAAGAAUACUCAAUUCGUACAAAAUAGAAGAUCAUUUCGAUUUAUGGUCGGGAUCGACGCCGACAGAAGUGGGAGGACGGCAGAAGGCGGUCGGUUCGUUCGUGACGAUGCUGAAGGGGUUCCUCGAUAACGACGAAAUGGAAAACGCGUUACCGCCGGUCGUCGCCGGUGGCGACAGGCGGGCGGAUUUGAUAUCCGGAACGUUGUCGACUCUGUGGGGCGAGUUGCGGAGGGGCGAGGCCGACGGGGCGCGACGCUGCGAAAGGAUUCGGCGAUUGACCGCUCUCACGGAAACGUUCGAACGUUUCUUGUCCGAGGAGGCCGUCCGCAAGAUUCACGGCACGAUCGGAGACCUGUUGAGGAGCGGCGACGAGAACGUCGCGUUCGUUCUGUUUCAGAAGUAUUGUUCGUUUUACGAGAGAGGCUUCGUCGACCGGGACGAUCUCUCGCGGGACGUGUUCGCCGAGUUGCUGCACGCGGACGACCAGAUACGCCGGCACGCAUUCGUCACGCUCCAGAGAUUCGAGAGAGUCGAAGGAGUCGUUCGAGAAGAUCCGACUCUGGCCGGUGCGUUGGCGGAUCGAGAGCCUCGUCGUCGAACUUCGCAGUUCGAAGAACGGUUGCGAAGCGUCCGGGGUCUUCGCUUUCGUCACGGAUGCCUCUCGGACGAGUCUCCGCCGGACGACGCCGACGCCGGACGACCUCCUUCCAAAAGGAUGAAGUUAAGCGACGGCGAAUGCGAAGAUUUAAUAUUCAGACUGGAAGAGAACGUGCGUCGCCUGAGCGAGCUGGAGGCCGAAGGGGGGCUGAGCGACGAGCGGAAGUCCACGUUGUCGAAUGUAUUUUAUAAAUUACAAAAUAUACUCGAUUCUUGAAUC